AUGAGUGAUUCUGGAAGUGAUAAGGAAAAAGGAAUUGAACUGGCAAGCUAUGUGCCUCCAGCUACUCAAGCCGCUGAUGAUAGUGAAUAUCCUGCUUACCACACUGACGAUGGUAAGGACAGUGAUCUCCAUGAAGAAGAGCACUUCGAAGCACUUCCAACUGUUUUAAAGUCCACUAGUACAUCUAUGGGUGUUAGAAAGUCUGAAAUUAUGGCAGACCAGUACAAAAGUCCUUAUUUAAGAGUCUUUUUCUUCGUCACCACUUUUUGUGUUGCUUAUGCUUAUGGUUUAGAUGGUACUAUUAGAUACACUUUCCAAUCAUAUGCAACUAGUUCCUAUGCUGAACAUUCUCUUUUAUCUACUGUUAAUGUCAUCAGAUCAGUUAUUGCAGCUGCUUCUCAACCAGUUUACGCUAGAUUAUGUGACAAGUUUGGUAGAUUACAACUUUUCGUUAUUGCAAUUAUUUUUUAUGCAGUUGGUACUGUUAUCGAAUCUCAAGCAUUUGAUGUACAGAGAUUUGCAGGUGGUGCUGUGAUAUAUCAAAUUGGUUACUCCGGUGUCAUGAUUAUUUUACAAAUUAUGUUGGCAGAUUUCUCCAACUUGAACUGGAGAUUGGUUGCAUCUUUCAUCCCAGCUUUACCUUUCAUCAUUAAUACUUGGGUUUCCGGUAAUGUAACAGAUGAAUUGUUGCAUGCUCAUUCAUGGAGUUACUCAAUUGGUAUCUUUGCAUUCAUUUUCCCAUUAGCUUGUGUCCCAUACCUUGCUUGUUUAGUACACAUGUUAAUUCUUGCACGUAGAACUGAAGAAUGGGCAGAGUUAACCAAGGAUGAAGAUCCAACUUGGGCUAGUUGGAAAAACAAUUGUGUUGUCAACUUUUUCCGUUGGACUCACUUGAAAUCUUUAUUCUGGGAUUUAGAUAUAAUUGCAAUCUUACUCAUAAUUGUAAUUUUUGGUUGUAUUUUGGUCCCAUUCACUUUAGCAGGAGGAGUAUCAGAAACUUGGAAGGAAGCCCAUAUAAUAGUGCCACUUGUUAUCGGAUUUGCUGUCCUUCCUCUCUUAUACAUCUGGGAAGCUAAAUUCUCAAGAUUCCCUGUCAUUCCAAUCGACUUGGUCAAAGAUAGAGGAGUUUGGUCCGCCCUUUUUAUCGGUUUGAUGAUCGAUUGGGUCUGGUAUAUGCCAAAUGAUUAUAUGUACACGGUCUUGGUUGUUGGUAUGAACCAAUCAAUCAAAGCAGCCACUCGUAUUACUUCAUUGUAUUCUUUCGUUUCAGUUAUCACUGGACCUCUCUUGGGUUUUGUCAUUGUCCUUUUCAGAAGAACUAAAGCCUUCAUUAUGUUUGGAGUUGCAUGUUGGUGUAUUGCUUUAGGAUUGCUUGUUCACUUUAGAGGAGAUAACAAUGGAGUUAACGCUGAAAAAUAUGUUAAUGGUGUUAUUGGUGCUCUUUGUUUAUUAGGUUUCGGUGCAGGUUUCUUCACGUAUACCACGCAAGUUUCAAUCGAAUCUUGUACUAACCACGAAAACAUGGCUAUCAUCAUGUCUUUGUACUUAUCUUCUUAUAACAUUGGUUCAGCUUUUGGUUCAUCCGUCUCUGGUGCUGUUUGGACUAACACUCUUUACAAACAAAUUGUGAAAAAUUUUGAAGCCAAUAACUUAAACGUUACAGUAGCAACUACAGCUUACUCAGAACCUUUUACCUUCAUUUUAACUUCCACUUGGGAAACACCAGAAAGGCAGGCUGUUGUUGUAUCGUAUGCACACACCCAAAAGAUCUUGUGUAUUGUUGGUUUAGUUUUAUGUUUCCCAUUACUCCUCGCCACUUUCUUUUUGAGAGAUCAUCGUCUUGAAUCUGUUCAAUCCUUGGAUAUGACUGCAGAACACCAUUCAGAUGGAAUCAAGAAGAAUGGUGUUGUAGUCUUAAACAACAAUGACGACGAUAUCAUCUUAAACAAAUUGAAAUCACUCUUCGGUAAGAAGUAG